AUACUCCCAGCUCCCGAAUAACAACGCUCGCAAAAAUGACGCAGCUCUCUGCGUUCCUCCUUUUACUCCUGCUGGCGAGCAACGCUGCCGCGGAUAACUCCACAACCGGCGCCCAGCAAGCCACACUGUCACCUACCGCCCCCCCAAGCACGUAUCCCGGCACGCCAACCUCCGAGACAGGGGCUCGCACCUCGACCGCCGGGAAGGAAAUCCCUACGGAGACGACCGGGACGUCAGCUGCCGUUCGCGUGACAGAAGGAGCCGGUCAGAAACAAACUACCAUGAAAACUCCUUGGCCUUUGAAGAAAGCAAGCCAUGCAGAAAUGCAGCCUCAUCAUGGAUCUCCGCGAGUCAUUUAUGAAGAGCCGGGUUCGAGCCGCACCACCGUAGUCGUGCUCCUGUUCCUCCUCUUGGUGGCGCUGGCCGCCUUGCUAGUUUAUUUCUACCACCGGCUCAACAGAGAGACGGAGGGAGGGUACACCUUCUCGAAGCUGUUUCCGGCGAACUCUAUGGACGACUUGGGGGAGGCACGAGGACCCCGGGCGUGGCUCAGUGGGGCGCUGGCUUUCUUUAGGGACAGACAGGGGAGCGGGGGAGAGGAUUUGGAGGCCGGGGGGCAGGACGAGGAGGAGGAAGACCGCGAGGAGGAAGGUUGCAAAGCAGCAGCCGCGGGAGAGAAAGAGGAGAGGCCGCCGACAGACGCAGAAAAUUUGGAUUCGGAUUCGGGUGAUUACUCCAGUAUGGAGGGUUUUGAUUUGGCGAAGGGGGCGAAGGGGAAGAGGGAGGGGUGA